UGCCGACCGCCUGCUGCUGCUGCUGCUGCUGUCACUGCUGGUGAUGGUUCUCGAGUGUGUGGCGAGGAAGGAGCUGGUGGCUCGGCACGGCCGGCGCGAGCAGAUCCCUUCACUCAGGGGACGCGUCGACUAUGCCAUCUACUACACUGAGGGAACGUACGAUUUCGGGUACGACACAGGGGAUGGUGAGCACCAGUCGUUCCGACAGGAGAGCAGGGAUGACACAGGUCUUGUCACUGGCCUCUACGGGUACAUCCAGCAGGAUGGCACCCUGCACGUCGUCAAGUAUGAGGCCGACGAGCGUGGUUACCGCUGGACCACCUCCAACUACAG